CUGUGGAAGUAUUGAGCAAUCAAUUAUAAGUUUAGCCGAUUUUGCUGCUUGUAUCUAUGGAGAUUGUUCAGAUGCAAUAGAAUCAGCAAGUCCCUGCCUGCAAGAAAUAUGGCUCGAAGCUUAUCUCGUUCGCGGUCGCCUUCUUAUAGGAGGAGGUACUCUCCAUCUCCAGUCGCUCACCGCCGUAGCAGGCGAAGCAGAAGAGACAGAAGCCGCUCACCCUCCAGGCGAAGAAGUCGCUCUAGUACUCCCCGCCGUCAUAGGAGUCGAUCGCCAUCUUGUAGAUAUCGCAAAAGCAGGUCUCCAACGCCUAGGCGACGCAGAAGACAGAGAAGUAGGAGUUCCUCAUUGUCUCCUUUACCGAAAUCUCGCAGUUCUAGCCUUGCAUCAGCAGAACGCAAAAAUGCCAUUGAGAAACUAAAGAAAGAGGAGGAAAAGAAACGACGUCAACAUGAGGCCGAACUGAAACUACUAGAGGAAGAGACUGCAAGAAGACUAGAGGAAGCGAUUCAGAAAAAUAUUGAGGAGAGGAUGAAUUCUGAGGAAGUUAAAGUAGAGAUUGAGAGGCGAAUAAAAGAAGGCCGGCAGAAAUUGUUUGACGAUGUUAUGGCGCGGAUUGAAAAGGAAAAGGAAGCUGCCUUCACUGAGGCAAGGCUGAAAGAAGAGCAAGCUCGGAGAGAGAGAGAAGAGCUGGAUAAGAUGCUAGAGGAGAACAGGAGAAGAGUGGAAGAAGCUCAGAGGAGAGAAGCAUUGGAGUUUCAGCGGAAAGAAGAGGAGCGGUACCGGGAAUUAGAGCUUAUUCAAAGGCAGAAGGAAGAAGCUGCACGUAGAAAGAAGCUGGAAGAGGAAGAGGAACGUGAAAACCAGACAAUGCUGUCGAAUAAAAACAAAUCUCGACCUAAGAUGCCAUAUGGUAUAGGUCUUUAAUGAUUACUGUUUUACCAAAGUAGCGAAGUGUUGUUUGUAAUAUGUAGCAUCUGUUAGAUCUAAUUCUGUUAUAUUCUGAUUCAUUUUCUAGAUCUUUAACUAUUUAAAUAUGACAAAUUUUGCCUUGAUAGGUUUCAUAUGAUAAGAUGAGAAAAUCAAAAAUUCACCA